AAACUGUAAAACAGCACGUUAUAUAGUCAUUACGUGAUCAUUUUGAUAGUUAACAGAUUGUGUGCUUAUUUUGAUGGUUUUCGAGACACAAUCAUAGAUAAUAAAACUUGAUUAUGAAACAUGGUUUUCGAUCCAGUCAAAACCAAGAACCGUACUCAGUUUUACUUGCAUGAGGCGACCAGAGAAGGCCUUCAGAGUGGAACACUUUGCAACUGGGGAAUCCAGAAGACAUUUGUCCUCGAUAAAGAGCAGUGUUUCCAAAGCGGGACAUACAAAGAUGACAACGAGAAACAGCAUAAAUUCUGGGUGUUUGAUCCGAAGGGACCCCCACAGACACCGGGUCCCAUGUCUCGAUACAAGAGGGAUGUUGCAACUGCGCCUUAUCGAGCUCUGAUGCCUCGCGCCAAGAACAUGAAAGACAUACCUCAGAAACCGACGAUCGGUUGGAAGAACAGAAUCAGGAGUCAGGUGGGACACACUAACAGGUGGAGACUGUCCACGUGGCUGGGCACUGACCUCCUCGGCUCCUCCCAGGCAGUCAGAGCCACUGUACACAUACCCUCAGCAGAAAUAUUCUCCAAAGUCGACCCCCUAGGUUAUGCAACAGAAGCAACAGACAAUGACAAUCUUAGUAAAGCAGCAAGUGACGAAGAUGAUCUCUAUGGAGUGAUUGACGACGACGCAGCUUCGGAUGUUGAGGCGGCUCUCACAAACGAAGCUGAACCCGAAUUGGCGUUUACAGGCGAAGGAGGCGAAGAGCCGACUAGAGUCGAGACACCCGGGUCUUCGUUGCCCCCGAUUUCUCGCCAGUCGAAAACAGCAAACUCUUCUGGCAGAAAAACCAGAGCUCUGACGGAAACUGAACGUGAGCCCAAACCAGUUACAGUCAGAUCAUUCACUCCAUUGCCCACAUCUGCAGAAGACAACUCAAAACCGGAGUUCUUCCUGAAUUGUUUUGGUUUCGACUUCGAACUGAACUACUCGGUGUUGAUUCGAUCCAAAUUCCUCCACCGACUGAUCCUGGGCGGGGGUCGAACCAACGCCGCCGGACUCAAGUCAGCCAAGCGACAGUUCACAAAACGACAAUCAAUGCUAAUGGCACAUGGACUCGUGAAAGAGGUAGUGCGAGUGAACACAUUCUCACAACGUUGUCGCGAUGUUCAUUCGAUGACUAGGGAAGUGUCAGCAGUCCUGCUGGAGACCCUUCCUAGAUACACUCUAACAAUACCUGACAAUCUAGGGUACAAAGUUACAGCUAAUGGAGUUGCCAUUGCUUUGGCAAAUCUUUACCUGCACUCCAUGACUUUGACUCCAGUUGAAGCCCCCGAAGUGUUCGAGGCUGCCAAAUUUCUCAAAUUCAGACAUCUCAAAUAUACAUGCAUAGAGAUAAUGAUGUGCAACAUCACAGUGGACAACGUGGGCACAUUCUGUCAGUUGUCGGAGCUGCACAACAUCAACCUUCUGAAGAAUGCAUGCAUCCGUUGGUUGGCAUACCAUGCAGUGUCCGAGAUGUCAGAGAGUCUAGAGCUGAAAAAGAUAUCUAUCAAAAUCAUGCAGGAAGUCCUAUCACACAAGCACCUAUUUGUGAGCCAUGAGUUCAACCUCUACACAAUGCUGUGUUCAUGGCUCUACCUGCAGGCCAACAAGACCACUCAGAUGCCCCCAUUUGGAACAAUAGUCACCUACUUCAACAGUCUUCCAAAGUGGGUGUCGUUCCUGGGUCGGGAUGAGACUGCCUCAUCUCUCUACAUGCCCCUGUUCACCCUACUCCGUCUCCAUGCCCUCACUGACCCUGGACAACUGGAACUUCUGCAGAAGAUGAAUGUGCUGCCUCAGAACUGGCUGCUCAAUCUAGUCACUAUGAGCUACAGAUCGUUACAAGUGGGUGGUGACAUGUCCCUUGUCAUGGCCUUCGAGACGUCAGCUGCCAGGUAUGGCCUAGUGGUCCAUGACAACUUCACGAGACAGAUAGAAGUGGUUAGUCUGCAUGGGUUCUACUUCGAACUGUCUGCCACCCCUGAACAGCCUAUAGAGAGCAGACUGAGUAUGACAGAUGGACAGGGUAUAGGAAGGAGGGAGCAGGUGGCUCCUACUACAUUCUACCUCCAAAUUAAACGACUCAAACCAUCUGAUCCUUCGCUCUCACUGGGAAGCAAAGAGAAGUACACUUUCUCCAUGCGACAAGACAGAGAGCUCAUCUAUGGAAUCACAGGCCAGUGGUUCGACUCCCACUCGCGUCAAUUCUGUGUGGCAGAGUCAACAAUCAAACGACAGCGAUUCGCGUUCUCGGCUAAAAUGUCUAAAAGCGAGAUGCUGCAGAUUACCCCAGGGGAACUGCCAUUCAAAGUACAAUUUGCUCUCCUCUUCCCACCUUCGUGAUAUGAAAACCAGGGGAAAAGUGAUCCUUACUAGAAAUAGUGUUCUAUAAAUAAUACGACUUUGAAAUAAAUUCUC